AAUCGGCAGAUUUCUAUGGCAGUUAUUUAUGUGUCGACCGCGAUCGAGAAUGCCACGUCAAUUGAAACACGUUCACCUGUUAAAUUAAUUGUUGCGUCUGAUUCUAAGGCGUGUAAUCGAUGUGAUGUGCAAAGGGUGAAGUUGCUCUUGAAGACUGAACUACAUUUGAUUCAUUAUAGGCACUGAACUGUUACUUUCUCGAAAUGAUGCUGCAGAGGGUAUGUGCUCGACGGAUCGGAGGUGUCUUUUUUAAUGCUUUUCUCGUUGGAGCCGUCAUAAUGCCGUUAUUAAUAUGUGAAAAUACAAUUGCGGAAGAAGUGCCAGCAUUCUUCUUGAAAAUCGCCAAAAUACCAACUUUGCCGAGAGUAGGUCGAAGCGGAAGAUUUGAAGAUUUUUUUUAUAAAGCUGAAAAGCAUAUACCCCGAAUUGGUAGAAGCAAUCAACACAAACAGUCAAACAACCCUCUAUUGCUGCAAGACGAACAAGAAACUUAUUCCGAUUUAACUAAAAGGCGCAUAGAUUAUCCUUCAAAAGGUUAG